CUCCUUCUGAAAACCCUAAUUCAACACUUCCUCUCCGUGUUUCUCUCUCGCCUGUCUCAAUUUCUCGACCCGAAAGAUCAGGUGGAAUGGUUGUCAUGUCUGUGAAGAGGGUGAUUGUUGUUUCGGUGUAGUUCUUGUUUCGGAGAGCAGACCUAUGGAGGGUAACUUAUGUGAUGUCAGCCAUUUGGAUGCUGAUGUCCUUUUACCUCCGCGAAAGCGUCUGCUAGCUGGAUUGAAGAAACAGAGUCCGGAAGGGGAUAGUAGUUCGUGGCUGUCUCUUGUGUCAGCCACAGCUUCAGCUUCGGCUUCGGCUUCUUCCUCCUCAUCGCCUUCUUCAAGUGAACUUAACACUCGUCUUAACAGAAUAUUGACUUCUCAUGAUCCUAAUCUUUCACCCGAGCAGUUGGUAGAAGUCUCAAAAUCAGCUGCCACCGCUGCAGUUAAGGCUGCAGAAAAUGCCAGAGCUGCAGCUGAAGAGAAAGCUGCAAUAGCUGCAAAGGCAGUGGCUGCGGCCAAGAGUGCUUUAGACUUAGUUGCCUCCUUUUCAGAUGAAACAGCCAGUAAGGAGAAAUACCUGAAAAAGAACAAGCUUAAGAAGCACGUACCAGUUCAGCUCUUGUACAAAAAGUACCAGCCAAUUGAGAAUUGUAGGAAAGAUGAAGAGUUAGCCCGGAAGUUGCACAGAGCUAUUAAUAGCUCACCACGAAUCACAAGGAAUCCAUCAAGUUCUGACUCUAAGGGUCCCAAAAACAAGAAGCCUAAAAUCUCACAGAGUUCUGAGGUAGCUAGAGCUUCCAAUGGGAGUACAGUCUUGGAUAAGGAUCCUGCAUCUGCUUGCAAUGGUCAUACUGUGGCAGGUAAGCUCGAUUUUGAAGACACCAUCCUUGACAUGUACAAAAAUAAAGCAGCUGAAAAAGCAUACAGAAAUGAUAAAUCUAGCCAAUUGGAGAUGGAUAAUGGGGAAGCAGAAUCAAGUCAGACAAAGGAGAAAAAUUGUGAUGAUAUCCCUACUAGUGGUAAAAAAAGGGGACGAGUGAAGCUAAAAAAGUUGCCUUUAAGUGUUUGCACUUUUAGGGAUCAGGCAAAUCCCAAAGAAGAUGUGGGUGCAAGAAGCUCUCCACUAACUGAUAUGAACAUGGGAAAUCCCAGUGCUGGAAACAAGCAUUUGUUUCCUGUGGAGUCUUCGGCUGAUAGUAUGCUGCCAAUUGAGCCCACGCCGGUGUGGAAAUGCCAGGAGUUCAAUGCACCUGCAUGUGUGAAGCAAAAUAAAGUCAUGCAAUCAUGAUGAUGAAAUAAAUUGUGGCAACAGGUGAGAUAGGAUUGGAUAGCUGAGGUAGGAUUCAUCAUGUUCUUCACAUAGAAACGGCUUGUUUCGUUUUUAUCUUCUUUUUCUCUUCUUUUUUGUGCUUAUUUUGGCUUUGUUGUAUUCCAUUUGAACUGACUUCAUGUAAAUUUAGAUGUUACAUUUCUUGCAUCCCGUUCGUGCUUUACAGUCCGAAUUUGCCCAGAGCUCCUUUGACAGCAGAGGCUUGAAUUGAGGUAAAAGGGAUGCAUUCAUUUGGGUAGUGUUUGUUGAUAUGUUGCAAACAAUAAGUUCUGCGCUUGUACUAAUGUUGGUGAUAGAUGUAAUAACAAUGUCAAUUUCCUUGGUAAA